GAUUCUCAGGAGGGGACGGGCAUUCACGUUCUAUACGGUUAACCUCUCUCCCUCCCGGAAUGGAACACAAUAGAGAAAAGGGCCCGUUUUUGAUACCUGCCAACAACCCUUAUUCUUGGUCUCUGAAACCUUAUUUUUAUACAAAACCUUGCCGCAAAUUUCAUUCGAACACCAUCAAGGUCAAUCUUAGCCUAUUCUUAUUAGCUCAAGACAAAAAGUUUCAGAACCUGUACAAAAUUUCGUCACAGCCAUCUCCAAGAUCCGAAUCCAAUUGGAAUCCACCAUAAGCCUUUUCAAACCUCACCAAUUUCAUGAUUGUUCAAUAACCUGUAUCCAAGCUAUCAACAACCAAGUAUUAAAAAAAAAACAGAAGGAAGAAUAAAGGGACAAAUCACGUAACUUUUUAUCAUGGUUAUUGUUUCUCAUAUAUUUACAGGUUAUCAAGAAGAAGCACACAAGGUGGAAUUCAGAGUGAAAACAACCGAUCUCCGUUGACAUCGACAAAGAAAUUCGGAGUAUAAACAUAGGUGAUAAAUAAUGCUAGAUUUUUGUCCUUGAAUUAUUUUGUUGUUGUUUUUGUUUGGUGCAGAAAAUCGCGUCUAGGAAAAAAGAACCAUCGCCACCAACAAUCACACCUUCAUCUGCUCGAGGUUACUAUCAGUGCUCAUCCAUCAUCAUCAACUCGAUCUGAAGCAACACAACACCGACGCGGCACCGCACUUGUUACAUUACGCCUCACGCUUCAACCACAACAGGAAACAGAGGCAAUUCACAACAAAUUCAAUAAUCUUGAAAUAACAUCACAGCACAUUGUUAUAUGUUUUUGUUUAUAGAAAAAAGAAGAGAUAGAGUCGAAGACCGACUCAAAUGCAAUAUCAUCAUCGAAGGUGUUCAUUCAACUCAGCCGAUGCAUCAUAAGCCACCACAAAUCAAAAGCAAUGUCAAGAAUCUGCGUUGGAUCUCCAAAAUCAACGCACCACCACCGCGUCAACGAUUGUAGCGCCGCCACCGGACCGCAUCAGACGUCAACUCCGACCGCGAGCUCCUCCUUGAAAUCCCUAAAUCGGUAACUGUUAUGCCUUUGUGAUUUAUCGGUUUUACGGAGGUUCUUAUUGUUUGAUUCCAUUGAGAAGCAAUUUUUGGUUUUGAUUUGGGAUCUGGAUUUGUGGAAAGAAGAAGAUGAACUAAAACUCUGCACUUAUGUUCUCACGUUAAAAGUUUGGUUGUAUCUCAAUUUUUUUUUGUUAAUUAAAAAGCCUCGCCACGUGUCACCAUCCUACUGGGCCGUGAGUUUUAUAAUAAAAAAUUGGAUGGUAAGGUCAUGAAGGGGCGCAGCCCCAUGUGGUGAUUAUAUUUUGCCAUUUCAUUUGUGUGUAAUAUUAGGGUUUGAUAUAUAUAUAUGGGCCUUGGGCCAUUAUUCUUAUGUUUCUAGCAUUUUACUAACAAACACCUCAAUUCCUUUUUACACACCCAUUUAAGUAUAGUUUGUUUAGAAAGUAUUUUUAUUUAUGUUUUUAGGAGCAAGUUAAAAAAGGAUACAAGAUAUUAAGUUAAUUAGAUUUUUUCUAUGAAAAUACCACAAAUAAUUAUUUCAAUUUUAUGUGUUAAAUUUAGUUGUCCUUAUACUUGUUCAUAUUUUUAUCAUCGCUUAUAUAUAUAUAUAUAUAUAUAUAUUUUUUAUAUAUAUACAAGGUUACUAACAUUUUCUUGUUUAUUGCGAGAUACAUUCGAACUGCUUAUCUAUUCUCGGGGUAUUCGCAAAUUCAUCCUCACUUUCGCCACGAGAUCUCCAAUAAUCCAGAUCUAACGUCCAAGAGCUGCACCUCUACCAUGAACCCAAAAUCCUUCAGCCAUGCGCCAUGCCAAUCGAAAAGCUAAGUAUUCUCUUUAACUCAAAGUCUAUUUUGUUUCCUUUUAUUAGGGUUCAUCAUUUAAACGAACUGUGCAUACAUUCACCCCCUCUCUCUGCCUUUGCCACUGUUCAGGGUUUACCUCCGAGGCUUCCCGCCAACCAUAUCAGAUCAAAUUCGAAGCUAAGUUCCCAACUUGUUUUAUUUUUAUUUAACACUACUUUAUUUUCAUUUAAAUUUAAAGUCAUUUAUUUUUAUUUCUGCCUUUCAAAUUAAAAUAAGAUUUGCCUCUAUAAUUAAUGAAUUAGCCAUACACUCACUACAUCCUUUUUCAUUAUGCCCAACUUUUCAGGUUUAUCGUCAGGAGCCUCCGCCCAUGCGCUCCACUGAUCAAAAGCUAAGUUUUUAGUCUUUUCUUAUUCAAUUUGACCUUUAUUUUAUUUCAUUAUUUUUUGCCUUUUUGCCCAAAAAUAAGGUUUGGUUCGAACAAUCAAUGCACUCACUGUUUUCUUUUUUUCCUUAAUGGUCAGGGUCAAUGCUUCAUGCUCAAGGCAAACCUCUGCCCAUCAACCUUCAUCAAUCAAAGCCAAAGGUUUGUCAAACUGCCAAAGCUACAGACACUCGCAAUCCUUCAUCGGAGUUAACUACGGUCAGAUCGCCAACAAUCUUCCAGCACCGGAAGUCUCAGCUAAACUUCUCCAAUCCACCACCAUCGGGAAAGUUCGUAUUUACGGCGCCGAUCCUGCCAUCAUUAAAUCUCUUGCUAACACCGGCAUCGGAAUUGUUAUCGGAACCGCAAACAGCGACAUUCCGAUUCUCGCUUCUGAUCAAAACGCAGCAAAACAGUGGGUGAACACGAACGUCUUGCCUUAUUACCCUGCCAGUAACAUCAUUCUGAUCACCGUCGGUAAUGAGGUUUUAACCUCCGGUGAUCAAGGACUUGUGUCACAGCUCGUGCCAGCAAUUCGAAAUGUCCAAACUGCCCUCAGUUCCGUGUCGCUUGGCGGCAAGGUGAAGGUGUCCACCGUGAAUUCAAUGGCGGUGUUGUCACGCUCCGAUCCACCUUCGUCCGGGUCGUUUAACCCGGGUUUACAAAACACACUGAAUCAGUUAUUAGCGUUUCUGAAGGAUAACAAAUCACCGUUUGCGGUUAAUCCGUAUCCGUUUUUCGCUUAUCAGAGUGACCCGAGACCCGAAACGCUUGCGUUUUGUUUAUUUCAACCAAACUCGGGUCGGGUUGAUUCGGGUAACGGAAAGCUUUAUACGAAUAUGUUCGAUGCUCAGGUUGAUGCUGUGCAUUCUGCUCUAAGUGCAAUGAAGUACGAUGACAUUGAGAUUGUGGUUGCUGAAACAGGAUGGCCUUCUAGUGGGGACAGCCAUGAAGUAGGACCAAGUGUUGAAAAUGCCAAGGCCUAUAAUGGCAACCUUAUUACUCAUCUUAGGUCAUUAGUUGGUACACCUUUGAUGCCUGGAAAGUCUGUUGACACUUACAUUUUUGCACUAUAUGAUGAAAACCUUAAAUCUGGCCCGGGAUCCGAACGCGCCUUUGGUCUCUUCAAAACUGAUCUUACCAUGUCAUAUGAUGUUGGCUUGGCCAAAUCUAGCCAACUGAAACCACCGCCAACUAGUCCAGUUACUCCAGCACCUAGCACUACAUGGUGUAUUCCAAAAGCAGGAGUUUCUGAUGCUCAAUUACAGGCCAAUAUUGAUUAUGCAUGUAGCCAAGGGUUAGAUUGUAGACCAAUACAACCAGGAGGGGUAUGUUUUGAUCCCAACACAUUACAAUCCCAUGCUGCUUAUGUAAUGAAUCUCUAUUACCAAACAUUUGGUAGAAAUCAAUGGAACUGUGAUUUUUCUCAAACAGCAACACUCACAUCCCAAAAUCCAAGUUACAAUGCUUGCAAUUAUAUUGGUGGGAGUACCUGAAAAUCAGAUGUUUCAGUUUGACCAUAGUUAAUAAAUUUUGUCUAAAUAAAGUAUUAAUUUUAAUUUUAGUUUUAGUUUUAAUCAACAAGUAAGGGCUUAUCCUCGGCCCUUUUUUAUUUAUAACCUUUUAAUUUAGUAUGGCUUUAGUUGUAAAGGUAUUUCGAUUCUGCCUUAUUCUAUUUCUUAUAAUAUUUGGGUUUUAUGUAUGCUGCUCUAUAAUGUGUGAUUGGCAAUCCAUUAUAGAUUAUAGAUCUAUUAG